AUGAAAUCGUCAAGGUCGGCAGCGGGAAUGGGGGCUCGCAGCGGGGCGAGUGCAGCAGAGCGGGCAGAGGAGGAGCGGAGGGAGAGAAAGGCGGAGAGGAGGAGGGAGAGGGCUGCUAGGAAGGAGGAGGCGGUGGCGAGGUGGGCGAGGGAGGUGGAGUAUCCAGAGGUGGAGGUGGGUUGGGCGCAGUGGAAGGCGAUUGGCAGCCUGCUGGAGGAGGAGAGGCGCGAGCACCGUGCGCUGGUGCCCAUGUGGGGGAAGGCUGUCAGAGGAAGCUUCAAGGCCAUUCUGCAGGACUCCGCUCCGCCAGACCCCUUCCUGCUCGAGCUCUUCGACUGGGGCCUAGAAGACCCCUUCCUGCUCGAGCUCUUCGACUGGGGUCUCGAGGGACUCCUCAUCUCCUUUGCCUCGGCCGCUGACCCACGCCAACACCUCCACCGCCACCAUGCCGCUCCUCCUCUUCUUCCGCCUCCCGCCUCCUCUUCCCCCUCUUCCACCUUCAAAUCCCAAGGCCAGUCUCAGUCCGGAUCCCACUCCCGCUCCUCCUCCUCCUCCGCCCUCUCCCCUGCACAAUCCCACUCGCAAUCCACAUCCUGCUACUGCCUCUUCCGCUGA